CAGUGUGCAGCGGUUUGUAUACAUGCUGCUGAGAGCCCCGCAGGUUUAGCCGGUCAGAAAGUACAUAAAUUCUCCAGAAGGUAGACAUGGAAGGCGUUUAUCAGGCAAGAGCUCAUUUCCGCUCCGAGGUUUCAAUGAGGCAAACGAGGCAGUAACGAUGAACCGAACACAGAGCCAGCAGAGCAAAGCAAAUUACCUCAAGAGGAGGAAGGAGUUCAUGUCUUCAGUCAAGGGAGUUUCUCAUCUGUCCAGGCGAGCCAAGAGACGCUUGUGCUGCAAAUUACAGCUUUGGAUGUGGAGGAAGCGGAGAGAGAAAUGCAGUUUUGGGAUUUUCAGAGCAAAGAAGAGAGCUUGGGGGAUCAGCUCUGGCUCCGGCAGCUGCCUCAGUUUAAAAGUGCAAUCACAGAAGAAUAACAGGAAAGUUCCAACGUACCACACACUAAACAUAGAAAACUCGGAAGCCAGAACUUCAGCUGUUGUGUCACCACUUGGAUGCGAUGAUGGAGCAUCAGAGGACACACGUAGAGGGCAGGAUUGCCUGCUGGAGCCACAUGAAUCCAUCAGUCUGUCAGAAACUUGCACUGCCUCCAGCUCGUUGCAGAAGCAGGUUACAGACACAGAUGUUGCUGCGGGUGCCAUCACUCAAGCCACGUCUGCUCAAAGAGCAGAAACCUUCGGACAGUUCUGUGAUACUGCUGAAACUGAAACUUCUUCAAAACGUUCUCAUACUUUAAAACCCCCGCUGAGUGCAGAUGGUGAAGCAUGUGGAGGGAUUACAAGGUUUAAGGUACCAAGGGCAAUGAUACUACCUCAAAGGCUCGAAGUCAACUGCCAAUCAGGGCAACAUACUACUGUCACUCUAUUUCGGGACCAGCUUCCAGACAGAGAUACUGACACUGAGAGAUUCACCUGUAAAAAGUUCUCCCAACCUGAUGUCAGUCUUAAAGCACUGACUAAGGACAUUCAUGACUUCCUUGAUAACUUCUACCGGAUAUAUGGAAGUUUCAUCCCGCUACAAAAGAGAGACGUGUUGGCACACCUGAAGAGGACGUUUAACACUGAUUUCAGUGACAGGAAAAAUGUCAUCUUCUCAGAGGUUACCAGAUACAGAGCUGCGACUGUUCAGAAACCUGUUCCCUCCUUCCAGGUGGUCUACAAGAAACACACACUGACGCUGGAUGAUUUGUCGACACUGGCAGAUCAGAACUGGCUCAACGACCAGGUCAUGAACAUGUACGGAGAACUGAUUGUGGAAUCUGCCCGUCACAAGGUCCAUUUUCUCAACAGUUUCUUCCACCGGCAGCUCAUGACUAAAGGAUAUGAAGGUGUUAAGAGGUGGACAAAGCAGGUGGAUUUGUUUUCUAAGAGUUUGCUAUUAGUGCCAAUCCACCUGGAGGUUCAUUGGUGUCUGGUGACUGCUGACUUUGUCAAGAAAAAGAUCUGCCUAUAUGACUCUCAAGGGAACGCACUCCAGAAGGUCGCAAGGAACAUCCUGAAAUACUUGAUGACAGAAGCAAAGGAGAAGCAGCAAACAGCUUUUGAAAAUGGUUGGGCAGUGUCAUUUGAUGAGAAAAUCCCACAACAGACCAAUAAAAAUGACUGUGGAGUUUUUGUCUUGGAGUACUCUAGACGCCUUGCUCUAUCAAAACCCCUGCAGUUUUCACAGGAGGACAUACCAAAUAUACGUAAGAGAAUCUACAAAGAGCUCUGCGACUAUAAGCUCCAUGAAGAGAGCUGAUGAGUAACUCAGAGUUGUAUGUAUUGCUGAUGAUACGUGCUGCUUCUGAUUCAGAUAUGAGAUCAGCAGUCCAAGCUGUGUCUGUGCUGCUCACAGACUUACGAUACUGUUAGUGCAAAUUUUACACAUCAUACAGUGUACCAACAGAGCCUUAUUGAAUUACUGAAUCGACUGCCUAUUGAAAUGGAUCUAGUCUGUCAUGGUCCAUAUCCGUGUUACUUUUUUAGCGUUUAAAAUCUCUGUACACCUUAUUUGACUUUUUUUUAAAGUCUCAUCUAUCGUUGUCGACUUGUAGUUGGCGAUAUUUUGCGUUAUAGUUUACCUGAUGUUUGUUGCACAAUAGAAGUAUGUAUAUAAUGUUUCAAAUAAAAUCAAACCCUUUCCAAACA